GGAAACUGAAUGAGGCGCUUCGCAAGAGGAGCAGGAAAAAAAAACUGUCUGAUUGGUGAGAUAGAGGAAGACAGGCACUGUGAACAAAAAAAAAAAAAACAGAAAGGAGUGACUGACAUCUACCCUCUGGCUCAGUGUGAAGGACGCGGAAUGAAAGAGUGAGAAAUUAAGGAAAACAGAUGAGAGAAUGAAGACAACCAGAAAACAAGUCCCGUCUCACAGCAAAACCUCCUCAAAUUAGGUCAAUCUCACCACAAGACAUGAUGGUUACAAGACAUCUGCUCCUAUUGGUUUUCCUGAUCCAUUGGGAGGGGUUUACAGGAGUUUCUGCCAUUAGUAAGAAUGGGCGAAGGAGAGGAGGGGGCGGAUUGCAUGUGAUGAAGCUCGGGGAGAGUAGAGCGGCAGACCAACAGGAUGCGAGUGUAGAAGUAAAUUCGAUGCCAGUUGUGACUCUUCGAAAUGUGAUUAAUCAUGAAUAUGGAGACAGCGAGUCUUUGUCUUAUUCCAAAAUGUUGCAGAAUCGCGCCGGGCCAUCAGUAGUCAAUAAGGACAGGCUGGUCUUCAAACCCAAGCAUGAGGUUGAUUCUGUCAACAAAAAAGACACAAUUCCGCACUUAUCGGCUAAUAAUAAAGAGCUAAAUCAGGAAAUUAAAAAAGUUAAGAACAACACCAAGACAGUUGAGACUUCGGCCAAAAUGGGGAGGUCUGAGAAAUUAUUCCCAGUCCAUCAUAAGGCUGAGCUACAUGCCAAUAAAACCAGGCUCAAGUCAAGUUCUAGAUCUCAUACCAGAGCAGAUUUUAAUGUUCUUACCACAGGCGUGCCGGGGAAAGGUCCAAGCAAUGAUUCAAACCGAAAACUCAACCUCACUGGCAGUUAUGGGGUUCUGAAACUGCUGUCAAAGGAGAAUUUAGUCAGGAUUGUCAACUCCCAAAUGCAAAGUGUUCCUAGCCUCACUUUUCCAAGCAAGGGUAGUCGGAGCAGGAAGAGAGAUUUGAUUGACGUUAAUCACGGACAGUUAGAGGCUCUGAAAGUGCAGAGGCAAGAUUUGGCUGUCACUCAGCCUCACAGUGGAUUUGAUAAUCAGACCGCAUUUCCUUAUGCAAGCCCAGUUACUACAACAGAUCUUAAUCAAGAUCAGAGUGCAGGAACUCCUAUUAAUCCACUGAGCGAAGCCAGCCGAGCUUCAAGGCAAGACAACCUGGGGAUGCCGGGUUUGGAUAGCGCCGAUAGCAAAAGCAGACACCUUGUCCGUUUGCUGUCGACACCUUGGAGUGAGGUUAGUCUCAGCCCCGAGAAAAAAGUAAUGAGCAGCCAAACUGAGCCUCCAUUUACGUGGAUGAAACAGCCGCCGCUGUAUGGGCCUCCUGAAACAAAUGAUUCUCCUCCCAACAUACUGACAGUGCAACCCCUGGGCGUUAAACCGGGGAGCAGAGCAACAGAUUCCCUUAGAGACCCAUUAACGGAGACGGUUCACACUACUCAAACAGAUCUAAGCACAGCACAGUACGCCACAUAUGAAGACAACAAACUUGUAAAUAGCAGUCACGUCCUCAGGCUCCACCCAGCUCUCAAAUGGAGCCACGAAACGAAAGAUAACGGGAUGCUGGCUGUUGAACCGGAGACAGAGAACGGGAAGGGCCUUGUGUUUGAAGAGACAGAAGAAGAGGUGGAAGAAGAAGUGCAAGAGCGUAUGGAAAGGGGAGGUUCACGCUCUCGCAGUAGGAGGAGCUGGAUCUGGAACCAGUUCUUUGUGAUUGAGGAGUACGCUGGGCCUGAACCAGUGCUCAUCGGUCGGCUUCACACUGACAUGGACAGGAAUGAUGGACGCACUAAGUACAUUCUGCGAGGCGAAGGGGCAGGCUCAGUUUUUGUGAUAGAUGAGAAAACGGGUAACAUCCAUGUCACCAAGCCACUGGACCGUGAGGAGAAGGACGAGUACCGUCUCAUUGCCACGGCCACUGACAGGCAGACGGACCGCGCCCUGGAGCCAUCUUCACAGUUCAUAAUUCGGGUGCAAGACAUCAAUGACAACCCGCCGGUCUUCGAUGAUGGUCCCUACAGCGCCAUUGUGCCCGAGAUGGCAAAUAUAGGAACAUCUAUAAUACAAGUGACAGCAACAGAUGCUGAUGACCCAACAUAUGGGAAUAGCGCCAAGCUCGUGUACACACUGGUGCAGGGCCAACAGUACUUUUCAGUCGAUCCCCAGACAGGUAUUCUGCGCACGGCUGUACCCGACAUGGACAGGGAGACCCAGGACCAGUACCUGGUGGUACUUCAGGCCAAAGACAUGGGCGGCCACCUGGGAGGUUUAUCAGGAACAACCACUGUUACUGUCAGGCUUUCAGACGUCAACGACAACCCACCACGCUUCACUCAGAGUGUGUGGUCAUUUUCCGUCUCCGAGCUUGCCAUCCCGGGCGCCGAGAUAGGACGCAUCUCAGCAACCGACGCCGACCUUGGAGAGAACGCCAAGCUGGAAUAUACCAUCCUGGAGGGAGAAACGGGCGACACGUUUAACAUCACGGGAGUGAAUCAAGAGGCGGUCAUCACUCUCAACAAGGCUGUUGACUAUGAGAGCCGGAGCUCUUAUUCUUUCUCCGUGGAGGUCCUCAACCCCAUAGUGGACCCUCGGUUCCUGCGUCGAGGCCCUUUUAAGGAUCGGGCAUCCAUCAGAGUGGCUGUACUGGAUGCAGAUGAACCACCAAGAUUCUCCAGGUCCCGUUACCACAUGGACGUAUCUGAGAACUGCCCACCAGCCUGCACUGUGGGUCGGGUCAGUGCUGUAGACCCUGAUACUGGUCUGACAAAUAAUAUCAGGUUCUCAAUUGAUCCUCAGUCAGACCCAGAAGCUUUGUUUCGUAUCACCCCAGACAGCGGCCUCAUCACUACAGCCGUGGAACUAGACCGUGAACGCGAGCAUUGGCACAACAUUACUGUCAUCGCCACUCAGAGAGCUAAAUCUCCUCAACAAUCUGGCCAGGUGUCAAGGGUUUUGGUUGCAAUAGAGACGCUGGACCUGAAUGACAAUGCGCCCGAGCUGGACAGGCAAUACACAACUGCAAUGUGUGACUCAUCCUCCAUUGGACAGGUGGUGCAGGUGUUGCGGGCGAUUGAUAGAGAUGAAGGAGGGAAUGACAGCGCGGUGUAUUUCAGCAUCCCCCCGGAGUCCAGCACUGCCCUCAACUUCAGUGUCAGGGACAGCGGUGGUCCCACAGCCAGCCUGGUGUUGCUGUCCCAGAUCCAGCCGUUGUCUCGCUCUACAACCUCCACCCUCACUCUAUACGUGCCGUUAGUCCUGAGAGACGGGACGUCCGGUCUCACCAGCACUGGGACGGUCACUGUGUCCGUCUGCCCCUGCCUGAGAGGAGGUGCACGUGCUGGGGAAAAGGAGAAGGACAAACAGACUGAGGGCGAUUGGGACUGGGACAGAGAAACAGUGUGUGUCCCACAACAGUCCACACUGCCUUCUCCGGGACUCAGCACAGCCGCCCUUCUCGCCAUCCUGGCUUGUGUUGCUACGCUGCUGGCGGUGACUGCCCUGUCAUUGUCACUGCGCCGUCAGAAGCGUGACUCCCUGUCGCCACUGGAGGAGGACGACGUACGGGAGAACAUCAUAACGUAUGAUGAUGAGGGCGGUGGACGUUACACCCAUCGUGGUCAAGACAAGGCUCACACCUACAGUUGGGCUCAGAAUCCAGCAGUGGAUCACACCUACUCAGCAUCGGGUGGUAACAUCUACGGUCGCCUCUGCUACAGCAGUCACACGUUACCUGUUCUCCGACGCAUGCCAGGUGGAACACUUGAACCAGGCUUGGCUGAGCUGGGAUAUCGCUUUCCUGGUGGCCAGCCAGACCACUCCCUGGUCAUCCAGAACCAAGGUGCCAUGGUUGGAACAAUGGAAUCUGGAGCAAUGUACAUAGCUCCAACAGACCUCAGCAAUGGAAGCCGAACGGGCAGUCGGACGGGAAGCCGUGAUGGGACUGCACCCCAAAGUGGAGUAAGCACUUCGGAUGGAGGUACACCAAGGACCAAUGACAGCCAGGAGAGAGGAGGAGGUACAGGAACGGGUAGCAACUGCACAGAGGGAAGCAGCGAGGACAAAGCGAACCACAGUCAAGAUAUGGACUGGGUGCAGUCUGAGACUUUACCCAGAGAGCAUAAUCUCGUCAUGACGCGAUCUGGAUCCAUGAUUGGCCAGGGUCACGGUGCAGGAGGGUGGGUGUGUGACUCGGCUACCCUCCCUAUGGCUGGGCGCAGGGCGUCCCGUACUGCUGUGUCUCCAAAACGCACGGGCUCAAACCAAGCUGAAUCUGAUUCCAGCGCUGGAGGAGCAAGAAAUGGAAGUGGGGGCACCUCCACAGAUGGACAACAGCAGCCUGUCAGUGGACGCAACUAUGGAGAAGUGUCCGGACAGAGGGAAUACCCAGGAACUCUGGGGAGAGGAGGACUGGAGAUGGGUAGCAACUUUGUAGUAGGGAGGCCUGACAGGGAGGGCAGUGGGAUUCAAAUGACUGGGACUCCUCCUGUCUACCCAGAAGCAGCCGGCUUUAUUGGUGACUGGCGCGAGCGGAUGGGUCUGGGGGGAUAUGUGAUGGGCAGGAGGGAUAUGACUCCUCAGCCGAGAGCAGCAUUUGCUGGAGUGAUGGGCUUUGGAUCCGGCUGGGUACCAGGAAUGGAGGCUGUAAGAGGGGCACCAGGGUCUGUGGGUCCCUCUUUGGCACUGAGGGUAGGUGAGUUCCUACGUCUGCGCUUGGCACAGGUCACUUUUGACCCCUCACAGCCACCAUACGACUCUGUGCAGGUGUAUGGCCUGGAGGGCACCGGGUCCUGGGCUGGAUCCCUCAGCUCCUUGGAAAGUGAAGGCGACAAGGAGACAGAUAAGGAGGAGUGGGGUGCCGGGCUGGAGGAGUGGGGCCCACAGUUCCAGAAAUUAGCCCAACUUUUCAAAGAAAGGGAGAAAGAGAAGGAAGAGAAGGAACAAGUGGAAGAAGGUGCCAAAGGGGAGUCAGAGAAAACAGAGGGAGGAGACAAGUCUAGGGAUGAGGGGAAGGACUGAAUAAAAAAGAUUAAAAAUGAAAUUAAAUGGGGGCAAAGGGGGCAAGAGAGGAAAGGGAGGGAAUAGAGGGAUGAUGAAAAGGGAACCAGAGCUAGAAUAAUGUGAAGAGAAGUUAAAGGAGAAAAAGAUGAAGAAGCAAAGUAAUAAAAAGAGACAGAGAAAAAUGAGCCUUGGGAGGAUGGAGAAUGUGAAGGCGGGGGGAGAGGGGGGAGUGAUUGAUGUAAUUUAAAGCAAUAAUUGUUGAAACACUGAUCUGGUUGAGCACAGACACUGAGACAAUGCAGAGGCUGCUUCUCGGGGCAGCGACAAUUUGUUAAAUUUUUUUGGACAAAGAAAAACAACCCAAACAGCUAAGAGUCGAUUUAAUUCAGCUCUCACUUUCCCAAUGAGAAGCGGCGAGGGAAGAUGUUUUACUGUUGUUAUUUUUUUUUUUUUCUGGUGUGUUCCAGUGUCGAGUGGUGAGUGUGAAGGUGUGUAUGGAUAAUUUUGCGCGUGAACGUGUGUUUGUAUGCGUGCAUAUUUCAUAAAGAGGGAAGAGAACGUGAGAAACAGAUACCCAAUUAAGAGAAGGGAUGAAUGGCUAAACAUACGACAUUAGUGUUUAAUGAAGAUCAGAUGAUGGAUUUUAAAGGGGGGCGGGGGGGGGGUUGGUGGUGGCAGGGGAUGAAUGUAUAGAAGUGUCGAGAAACUGUUUUAUUCCAUCUGCAGUGGCGGGAAAAGUGAAUUAUUCAGCUCGCUACUUCAUUCCAAAUGAAAAUGAUGAAUCAUUUAAAUCCUGCAAAAAGAUUCUCCCUCCUCUCUCAGCCCACAAGGAAAAGAAACAUUGUGAAAAAUUCAAAUGAUUUUGGGAUGCGAUCCCCCUUCUCUCCCUCCCGCAGCUUUUUGUCAUGGUGUGUUGGUGUGUUUACAAAGACACACACGUGGUGGCACAAAAGGACUGAUCUGAUUAACAACUGCCAGGCUUUGAUUGUACGGCAGUAAAUUAUGAAAGCAGCACCAUCCACUCACAUCGACAUCUCUGAUUAAUGACGGCUCUGCUAUUGAUCUCUUAAAUUCUUUUUUUUAAUUUUUUUAUGGAGAGGCUCUUGCUAUUUUAGUCCCCCUGUAGACUCUCUUGAGAUGACAGUAAAGUUUGCAUGAAGACCCCGAUGUGGCAGUCAGAUGUCACUCCCAACACUCCCACUGCCCAACUUCCACAGGGAGUUGUAUUGAAUAUGGGGGGGCCUCCACUGUCAGGUUGUUCUGUUCUGGUUAAAGGUCAUGAUGUGAAUGAUCCGGAAUGCACUUUUUAACUAUGUGAAGUUCAAUAAUAGAUGAUAAAUAAUAUCACAGAUAUAAGAUGCUUUUUUUUUAAGAUGUCAAUGAAAACAAAACCUAUGAUGUUCAACUGUAUGUAAAAACAUUUCAAAUGUAUAUAUCACUGAAUAUUAUUGACAAAUGAGAGUAUAUACGUUAAAAAAGGAAUUAAAUAAAAGUCUAACACAAACUUUAUAUAUCCAGAUGGAGAGCUGUUGGGAUUAUCUGUUCGUACUGUAGGUUUAGCAGUGGAUUAACUUGAGUUUGACUUCACAGUCGCCUGGACUGAAAACAUCAUGUAUUCUACAUCUGUGUGCGAAUUGAAAAGUUUGGCUUUGUUUUGUGGUAGUUUUUGUGUGAGAUGGACACACAGAGGAUUCAUUUCCACCUGUUGUUUCCAGCAUAAGUCUACAAAAUACACACUGAGCAAACCAUUGAACACAACAAUCAUGACAUGUGCACAUUAUGUUUUCAUGGUUUCACUCUGAAUUGGUACAGUUGACUGGAAUACCAAAGCUUAUGAGUAGAAACAUGAAUGUUGCAGUUAGUUUUCACAUUUACACACUCAGAGUCCUAUCUUCAACUUGGCACCAAUCAGUGCACAGCACAGUGCAAGUGUCAAUGCUAGUUUACAUCUGACCCUGUUGCCAUUUUCAAGCCCAACACCCGUGUUCUUAAAUAGGAUAUGUGUAUAUGGGCAUGUUCUUGAUCUGAGGUCAUCAAAAACUUUUCAUCAAAGACAUUUUCUUAUGUUGAUUUUCACAGUAACAUGAAUAUUCAGAGAUGGGGUGGUCGGAUGAGGAGAAGCACUCAAAUGCUUCACCUCAUGGAGGUGUUGUAGAUGACUGCAGAAAGCUUUCCUUGCCAGAAAACCUCUCAAAGCUAAGUUUACCACCUAAAUAGCAGUGACCCUGCUACUGGUACACCUGUCUCUUAAAGAAAAUGUCAGAUAAUAAUGUAAUUGGUUUACUUCAUCUCAUGCCCAAAACAUGCACAUGACUAACUAUCAGAACUUUGUGUCCUCUGUCCUACUUUGCAGUCAGAUUACAUUUAGACUACAGGCUACAGGUCAUCAAGAUAGGGUCUGAACAAAUCAGUUUCACAAAUUAGAUUUUUGUAAAUGUGAUUUGGUCAUUGUCCUCUGAUUGGUGCAGUCACACUAUCACAACCUGCUGUUGUGACAUUUCCAUUUGGAUGUAACAUACUACAGCUAGUAUUUGCAUAAAGGUGUUUUAAAUGUGUAUUUAAUAUGGAACCUACCCUGGACCAUCCAUCAAAUUUUAAAGGGAUUAGACAGCAAUAAUUGCAAAAAUGUG